GAAAUUGUCUUUGGCUUUCGCAGGUAUAAUUCUAUCCAGCUUGCAGUGAUUGAUUCAUAAGAAAUAUUAUCGCGAGUUCUUAGUACGCUCAGAGAGCCUAUUCUGGAAUUAGACCCUUUGAUGAUUAAAACGCAGAGAAUUUGUUGGAAGAAACUCGAUCCUUGAAAUAUCCAAAGCCGAUUUAAAUGCAAGUGUACGUCUCAAAAUUCUCCGAACAGCUGGACUGAGGUAUUCUAGUGCCACUGAAAAGUUUUGCCGACCAAACAUAGCGCACCAAUAGUAGUGAUGGAAGACAAAGAGAAUGAUGGUGAAAAGGUGGAAGAAGAAAAGUCUAAGGAACUGAAAAUCUGUGCGCAGUGUAACAAAAAGAUAGAGGGGAAGUUUUUGCUGCGAGCUUUAGACCAGUUCUGGCAUGAAGAGUGUUUGAAGUGUUCGUAUUGCAAUACUCAACUGUCUGAUUUAAGCUUCAAGUUUUACAUCAAAGGAGAUCAAAUACUUUGUAAGCGAGAUUACAUCAGGUUGUUUGGAGCCACAGGAAUUUGCUCUCGAUGCUUGAAAAUCAUUCCACCGCUAGAAAUGGUCAUGCGGGCUCGUGAACACGUCUAUCACUUGGACUGUUUCGCCUGUCACGUGUGUCGUUAUAGAUUCUGCGUUGGAGACAGGUUCUACCUUUAUUACAACACAAUCCGCUGUCAAGAUCACUAUUAUGGCGACAGGGGUUACUUUUAUCAGACUCCUUUCUUUUGGUGACUCAAGGGGAUCUCAGUUUCUCGUGUCAACUCCUCUCUCAGGCUGUUUCUCUCAUUUCAGGACCACCGUGUCAAACAACAGGGAAACUGGGAUCAAGUCUGAAUUUUGAUUCGCUUCCUAAACAUUUUUCUCACUAAGAUUGGAAAUCCAUUAAUGCGUUCACAAUCAUAUGAGUGGGUUUCAGGCCUUGUACUUUUUAGCAAAUUUCUACUUUGAUCAAUAAUUGUUUUUGUUUAUUGCAAUAUUUCGUACUGAUAGCUUUUGAAGGAGAUAAAAGAAAGGUUGUAUUUUGUAGUAACAAGAUCACGAGCAUCUCGAAAGAGCUUGUCUGUGUAAAAAUCUAUCUAAAAGAUUCAAAAGUCCAAUUACUUUAAAGAGAAAUAAAAUUUUGCUUCAACACUUAUUAUA